CUCAAUUUUCAAGAAUCCAACCAAAUCCCAGUCUACAAUCAUUAAAUCACAAAAAACCCAUCAACCCACACUUCCAUUAGUUUUCUGUGGAAUAGAAAGAAAGAUGUGUUUUCUGUUUAUAUGCAGUGGAGAAGAGAAGAUUUUAGGAAGACAACAAGCACCAGGAUUAUGUCCAUACUGUGGUGGAAAAGUGCAAUCAAUGGAUGUUGAAGUCCAAUGGAGGUUUUGCUGUUUACCACUUUGUUUUAAAACUAAGAGAAGGUUUUUCUGUACUAAUUGUUCUAAACGAUUAGAAAUGUACCCAUCUAGUUAAAAUCGGAGAGGAUCUCUGUUUUAGUUUUUUUUUCCUUCUCUUUUUUUUUCUUUUUUGCUGAAGAGGUUUAGAUUUGUUGUUGUAGCUUGCUGAUUUGAGGAAAUUGAUUGCUAAUACAAGUGCCAUUAAUGAUCUCUGUUUCUCCUUUUGUCUCUCAUGUGUGUGUCUCUGUCUGAGGGUCUGAUUUUUUCUGAGAUGGACAGGAAAAUGUGGUUUAGAGUGUGACGUGUGAAGUAGAGAUCAGACCAUGUGAGGUGAGUUGUAAUCCAGUUUCUAGUGUAAUAAAUGCAAAAAAUGGGUAUGGGAAGUGGAAACUGAAACCACUAUUUAGGUGUGAGGCUCAUCUUUAACACCAAAUAAAAACGGGUUCAUUACUUGUUUUCUGAUAUUUGAUGAUGCUGACUGCAGGGGAUGUAAGCGCCAGCAAACUCAGAGAUAAAAAUA